AAAUUCAAUCCGAAUCGACGGGCGACCUGUUUUUGUUCCUUUUUCGUCCUUUUAAUUGUGUUUUUUAGCGUUUUUAGUGCCGAGCCUUCGUUUAAGGGGCGAAAAAUAUCUUCCAGCUUAGCGGAUUUUAGAAAAUUUAUAGAAAAAAAUAUUAAAAGUGUGCAAUUUUCGUAUUUUUUAGUUACGAUAACCAACAAACUCCGGCUUGUGUUGUCCUUUGUUUGGAUUUUGGGAUUUUCAACAAAAUGGUCGACAACAAUUUGCCAAUCGAGGACUUUAGUUCGCUUCCGCCAUCGGAUCUCGAUCAAUAUUUCAACCAUUUGGAUGCGACUUUUGACCAGCAAGCUGUCGAUUUGAGUCAUCUCGAUAAGCCGCCGACCCUGGAUGAAGUCGAAAGUGCCCACAGAUUCGAGGUUACGCUUCCGGGCGAGUCUUCCGGGAAGUCCAGCUGGGUCUAUUCGGCUGCCUUGAAAAAAGUCUUCAUCAAGAUGAACAGUCCCUUCACAAUUACGGUAAAUUAUCAAAAUCCGGAGCUGAAUCCGACUCCGGGCAACUUGUAUUUGCGUGUCAUUCCGGUUUUUACGGAGCCCGAGGAUCAUCAUGUGCCUGUGAAUCGCUGCAAACAUCACUCGAGUGCCACAGACAAUCAUAUUUUGGCUUGUAAGAAUAAUACUGCCAAGUUUGAGGGGGAGCCGACAGAGACGGAUUACGGGAAACGGUUGUGCGUUGUGAUGCCGCUGUGCUCGAAGGCGCCAGAAGUGUUGGAAAAUGUCACGUUGGAGUUUUAUUGUCAGAACUCGUGUCCCUCGGGCAUCAAUCGCCGUGCUACUGCCUUAAUUUUUGUACUUGAAACUGAACGUCGCGAGAUCGUUGGAAAACGUCUCAUGUACUUCAAAGUUUGCUCCUGCCCAAAACGCGACAAGCAAAAGGAAGAAGAAAGUGUCGAACAGCAACGAAAUGGAAUUGCUCAACCCAAACGUCGUGCAGAUAAUCAACUCACUCCGGGCAACGGAAAACGCCCUUGCAAAAUCAUCAAAAAGACCGUGGAAAUCAAGCAAGAGUUCCCGACGCCAUCUCAAACUCCCAACAACUUUGCUCAAAUGCCCGAGGAGCCCACGCCCGACACAAUUUCCUUCACGCUCAACGUCGCCAAUCACGACGCCCUUCUCAGAGUUCUUCAAAGUGCCGCCGACAUUCACAGCGUGAUGGCUGUGGAGUCCAAUGACAGCAUCAGCAGUCAACAUUUCCUCAAGUGCCGCAAAAAUUUGUUGCGCGACAAGGAAAUGAUGGAACAGUUGAUGCAAAUGCAGCAACAGCAGCAGCAAUACGAGCCGGAGUCGCACAAUUUUAUGCAAUAAGAAGUAGUUUUAAGUGUACUUUUAAUCAUUUAACGUGAAAAAUUAUCAGUUUUUUCCAUGAAUUCCACAGAAAUAGUUGACGAAACGAACAAAAAAGGCCCUCAACCCACCAUAGAAUUGAACUUUUUGACAUUUUUUGAUAGUAUUUGUCCUCCGUUUCAGUUAUUUUUAUAUUUUUUUAACUUUUAUGAUUAAGUACUCAUGCAUUUUUAUUGAAGAUUUCUUAAGAAAGUAUGUGAAACUACUUUAAAUUUUAGAUUUUAAGAUAAAAAUUGAAUCAAAACUAGACUUAAGAUACAUAUUUUUAAUACAUACGUAAUUUUGUUAUAUAAAAUUCAUGAAUA